AAAUCUAACAUACAACAGAGGCAUCCAAAGCCAAUCAUAUUCCAUUAUUGUUUAAUGUGCUCUUCUAUACACUUACCACAACGUGCAUGGACAUUGACCAGUCAGUUUUGUCUUGUUUAUUAAUUUGCAUUGGGCUCAGUGUGAUGAUCUGACGUAUGGUGUAAAAAAUGACUUCCAAAAUCUCGUCCUACACUCUUAAAGUUAAAACACAUUGUUUGCUACCUGCCACACACCGACGUUCAUUGUAAAAUCAGAAUAUGCCAUCCAAUGAAAUGUUCUAACCCUGAAAAAGUUAGCUAGCUUGUUGGCUUUGAGCUGAACUUGUUAACUAGCGCGUACAAAAUCCUCCAUUGCAGACAUGAGAAAUGUUGUUGUUAUUAGCUUGCUAGUUAGCCUCUUGACGGAACAUACACAAUGACACACUCGUGGUGGUGAUCCGGACAGGAAUAGCUCGCUAAAGUUCAAGACUUGAGGUGUUGAAAACAUUGUUUCAAAUAUUGCCUGAAAGUUUAACGUUAAUAAAUUGAGAUAUUACCCAAUUUUGGGUCGAAUAUCGGAUGGCAACUUACUGCAAUCUCCGAACCAGUAAACUGCAGAGAAGCUAGCUAACUACCUAAUUUAGUUAGCAUCAACUCCUAAACAUCCCCCUGUGUUUCGGGACAUUGGGAUAUCCAUCGUGAAUUUUUCUGGAGGAUUGGCUACAAUUUUAUACUCGUCGACCAUUGCUUUUUGUUUAACUAUUUUCACGGCGUGUUAGCAACUGGCCAUCAACUCUGCCUCUCCAGCUCCGUGGCUGGCUGGCUAGCUACGCUAGUUAUCCAGCCUGCCAACCCCGUGCACUUCCCCCACUCACCUCCUUCUCCAGCUAGCCCGCUAAGUAAAAUGAGGCAAGCAUCAACCAUUUAACUGUGUAGAUUGAUACAACUAUGGAUUGUUUGGAUGUAUGAGGACACAACCAUCACAUUGUAAGGCCUCUGUCAAGGAGAUCAGUAUCAGGAGAGGGGAUGGACGAGCAGAAAUCAAACUGCGAAGAAAAUGACUCUGAACCGAAAGCUGAUGACAGCACCCCUAUGGAGCAGCCAGUCCCCUCAGAGGGGGAGUCAGAGGCCCUUCCGGCUGCAGAGGACUCGUCUGAAACUGUUGCUGCCAGCACAGAUGUGGAGAGCAGCGUGAGGGCCUGUGCUCUAUGUAACUGUGUGGAGCGCAGCCUCCACGGACAACGGGAACUCCGACAUUUUGGGCCAUUUUCCUCCCGGCCCGCCCUGGAGCCUUCCGCUUCCUCACUGCCAGGGCCCGGGAACGAUGACCUGUCUUCCAUCGGAUUCUCAGACUCCGACGCAUCCUGUCUGGCAGCACUCUUCGAUGACACAGGGGGCUGCUGCGUGCAUCACUGGUGUGCGGUGUGGUCAGAGGGAGUGAAGCAGGCGGAGGAGGCUGAGGAGGAGCUGGAGAAUGUGGACAAGGCCGUCAUCUCAGGGACACAGCGGCUGUGUGAAUAUUGCAAGCGUCUGGGUGCUACCAUCCGGUGCCAUGCUGAGGGCUGCUCACGGUUCUACCACUUCCCCUGCUCUGCUGCCAGCGGCUCCUUCCAGUCCAUGAAGCAGCUGGCUCUCCUCUGUCCAGAGCACAUGGACAAGGCUGAGGAGAUGGCGGGUGAGGAGGCGCGGUGUGCGGUCUGUGAUUCUGCGGGGGAGCUGCUGAACCUGCUGUUCUGUACAGGCUGUGGGCAGCACUACCACGCCGCCUGUCUGGAGAUCAGCGCCACGCCCAUACAGAGAUCAGGAUGGCAGUGCCCAGAGUGUAAAGUGUGCCAGACAUGCAGGCAACCGGGGGAGGACUCGAUGAUGUUAGUGUGUGAUGCAUGUGAUAAGGGCUACCACACCUUCUGUCUCCAGCCAGCCAUGGACUCUCUUCCCUCCGACACAUGGAAGUGCAGAAGGUGUCGGGUGUGUACGGACUGUGGUGCUCACGGUCCGACGCUGCCUGGCUCAACCCAGUGGUUUGACAACUAUGCCGUGUGUGAGGGCUGCCAACGUACCCGCAGCUCUAUGUGUGGCGUCUGCAGCAAAUCCUCGGAGCCACCUGUCAUGCUGCCGCGCUGCAGCAGCUGCCUCAGGUGGGUUCACAGUGAAUGCUCCUCUAUGUCAGAGCCACCUGAGGAAAAGUGUAUCUGUUUGCUCUGCCGAGACAGAGAGCCUCCGGCAGACCCUGUCACACAGACAGACUUGGUGGAAAUGCAGACUACAGAGACAGACGGGUCUGAUGUGACGAUAGAAGGACAGACGAACGUGUCCAAGAUGACCGUGGGACAGACGGAGACCAAGACGGACGAGGAGGUGCCCAUGGAGCUGGGGACGGAGGCCGACGUGGUAGAAACAACAGGGGUAGUGGAGAGCACCAUGGGAGAGGGGCCUCAGCUGGAAGUCCCUGCAGAACAGCCCAUGGUCCAGGCUGAGGUUACAGAAAAAUGUGAAACAACAGAACAACAGGAGGCUUCUAGUUUACCUGUGGUUGUUGUGGAAGAGAGGCCAGAGAAGGCUCCUAGCCCGCCACCUCAACCCCGGGUCAGCCCUGUCCCUGUCCUUGAGUCUCCGGAGUCACCAGAACAGCAACCGCCACAGUGGCCAGAGCCGGCAGCAGUAGUAGACCUGGGCCCUGUGCACAGAAUGGAGGAGAAUGUGGAGAAACAGGAAGAGGAGGUCAAACCCUCAACACAGCAGCAGACCAAACUGGAGGAGAAGAGAAGCGGUGAGGGCGUGUCUACCACCUCUCCAGAGUCACCAGCCCCUCCCAUCUCCACGCAAGAGGUGGAGCCUGUUUCCAUGGACACAGAUGAGGCGGGGCUAAAGGAGGAAGCUGCAAAGAACCUAAAGCAGGAGCGCUCAGUGUCUCCUCCUGCUCCACAUGCCGACACACAGGAGGCUGCUCCUUCUACUGUGGACAUGGAGGACAGGGGGACUCACUCCGAGGUGGAGGAUGAGUUUGGAGAACAGGAGGAGCAGGGGAAGGAGGCAGACGGAGAGGGUCAUCAUAGUCAUCACAGAAGGGUCAAGAUCAAGCAGGAGCCCCAGGAGCAGAGGAAGCCUGAUCAGCUCCUCCUGGAUGAGAUGUCCAAUCAGAGCCAUCCGAGUCACGGGGACGAGAGCAGCUCUGGCUUCCUGGGCUCCCCGGCUGAAGGGGAGGCAGAGCCCGAUGCACAGCUCUCGAUGGAGCUCAGCCUCAUACCCACCGAACGCUCGCGUUCCGACUCUCUGCUCACUGAGACAGACGAUUCGCUGCCCUUUGACCCCCUCAAACCAGACUGGGAGAAGAAGAGGAGAGGCUCACCGGGACGCUCCAGGGUCAAACAGGGGCGGGGCAGCAGCAGUUUCCCGGGGAAGCGGCGGCCUCGUGGUGGUGGCGGCGGUGGACGGGGCCGUGGCGGUAGGAACCGCCUCAAAGCCAUGGCCUCCUGCAUCGACGCGUUCCUGCUGAGCAUGACUGCAGCAGACACUGGACUGAGUAAAGAGGAGGAGGAGGGGGAGGAAGAUGAGGCUAUGCAGAACACAGUGGUGCUCUUCUCUAACACUGAUAAAUUUGUCCUGCUUCAGGACAUGUGUGUGGUGUGUGGCAGUUUUGGGAAGGGUGUGGAGGGGCAGCUUCUGGCGUGUGCUCAGUGUGCCCAAUGUUACCAUCCAUACUGUGUAAACAGCAAAAUGACCAAGAUGAUGCUGCGUAAGGGCUGGCGUUGUCUGGAAUGUAUCGUGUGUGAGGUGUGUGGCAAGGCCUCGGACCCGGCCCGCCUGCUACUCUGUGACGAUUGUGACGUUAGCUACCACACAUACUGCCUGGACCCACCCCUACACACUGUACCCAAGGGCGGGUGGAAGUGCAAAUGGUGUGUGUCCUGUAUGCAGUGUGGUGCCAGCAGCCCGGGGUUCCACUGCGAGUGGCAGAACAACUAUACCCACUGUGGCCCCUGUGCCAGCCUGGUCACCUGCCCUGUCUGCAGGGAGAACUUCAUGGAGGAGGAGCUGCUGCUGCAGUGUCAUUACUGUGACCGAUGGGUACACGCUGUGUGUGAGAGUCUGUACACUGAGGACGAGGUGGAGCAAGCCUCUGAUGAGGGCUUUGCUUGCACCUCUUGCACUCCCUACGUCCCCAGACCCAUAGUAACAGUGGAUGCAACGUACAUGACAGCCAUGAAGAUAAAAGAACCAGAGCCUCAGUUCUACCGGUUGGAGGGGGUAUGGCUGACCGAGACGGGCAUGUCCCUGCUGCGCAGCAUUUCCAUGUCUCCCCUACACAAGAGACGGCAGCGGCGCUCCCGCCUGGGCAUGCUGUGUGGCGACGGAGGACCCGACAGCAUGGAGCUAAAGGAGGGAGAGGGAGACCGGGAUGAGGGAAAAGGCUGUGGGGAGUCCAUGGAGUGUGAGCCAGGAGCUCCUGGUGUAAAACAGGAGCCUUCAGGGAGCCCAGACAGGGAGCUGGGAGCAGAGGGAGGUGCUGAGGGCAUGGAGGAAGGCCUCCUCAAAGGUGUGGAGGAGACGGACGAGGGCAAGAAGAGGAAGAGGAAACCCUACAGACCAGGGAUCGGUGGCUUCAUGGUGCGUCAGAGAAAGUGUCACACUCGGAUGAAGAAGGGUCUGUUCCCCCAUCUGUCUCAUCUGGCUGGAGACGGAACUGUUACUACAGACAGACAGACAAGAGAGAAGCCAGCCCUAGAGGAAGGGCCCCACCCAGACACACCUAUAGACGGCCCCCCGGAGACUAAGCCAGCCGAGGGAGAGGGGGAGCAGGCCAAGAAACGACGAGGCAGGAAGAAGAGUAAGCUGGAGGACAUGUUCCCAGCUUACCUGCAGGAGGCAUUCUUUGGUAAACAACUGAUGGACCGGAGUAAGGAGGCUCUCCUGGUUCCUCCAGGACAGAGGCAUCAUGGGGCCAUGGGUCUCCUCCUGCCUCCACUGCCUCACGCACAGGGGGCCCGACCCACCGCUCCUGACGCAAUUGAGGUCCGGGAGCGAGCGAUGGGGGCUGGGAUGCACCUGAAGCAGGAGGGGGGUGAGGGAUCACAGGCUCAGAUAGAGGGAUCAGGGUCGUCUUCAUCUGUCAAAGAACAGGGCUCAACGGACCCUCAAGGCUCCAACACUGAGAAGCAUGAAGGUCUUCCUCAGGGCAUGGAGAGUCAGGACUCUGAGCAGUUCUUCAGGAAGGUCCUGGGGUCAUCAGAGGUUGUGUCUCUAGGAGGGUCCCUACAGAGCAGCAUGAGGCCCAUCCUAGAGGGAGGCAAGGGGGAGAUGAACUGCAGCGGUCUGCCACAGAGGAGCCUUCUCACAGGAUCCCUGCCCUCCGCUGGUAUGAUGGACUCCUUCCCUGGACUUUCUCAGUCUCCCUUCUUUGACAUGCGGGAAAGGGGUGGCCUGUUCAGUCCAGAUGGGGGAGAGGAGAGCCCGUGGGCCAACCCCUCCACCCCAGCCACCCCCUCCACUCCUCCUACCCCCACCGAGGUAGAUGGAGACGGGCUGUCCUAUAACCAGCGCAGCCUCCAGCGCUGGGAGAAGGAUGAGGAGCUUGGAGAGAUGUCCACCAUCUCCCCUGUACUCUACGCAAACACAAACUUCCCCACUCUCAGACGGGACUACCCAGACUGGUCCAGUCGGUGCAAACAGAUCAUGAAGAUCUGGAGGAAGAUUUCAGCUGCUGACAAGGUUCCUUUUCUUCAAAAGGCCAAAGACAAUCGAGCGGCUCAGCGGAUCAACAAGGCACAGAAGCAGGCAGAGAGCCAGGUGUGUCGGCCCAUCAAGACGGAAGGGGGUGGAGGUGGUGGUGUUCGGGUCAAAGGUGAACGUCCCAACCUACACCUCCAGAUCCCCCCUCCCUCAGGUUCCGUCUCCACCUCCUCCCAACCCAGCUCGGCGGAGAGCCUGUUCCCCUUCCACCCCGACUCGGGAUCCUCUUCCACCUUCUUCCCUGACGGUCCUCUCAAGACCCCGGGCUCGGCAUCGGCAGAUAUGCGGACAGAUCCCUUUGCCAAGCUGCCUCCCCAGUCCCCCCAUCCCUCCACCCCAUACUCCUCCCACCAGGCCGCCUCCAGCCCCAUGCAGGGCCAGGCCUCUUCCUCAGGUUACCCACACCCCUGCCCACAGGGCCCUCCUCAGGGACACCCGGCUAGCCUCGGCCCCUUUGACAUGCAGCCAGGGAAUCCCCGGCGGGCUCAGCAGGUCGACCCCUUCUUCAGGCCGCAGCAACAGCAGAUCCAGGGUCACCUGCCCCAGUCACAGCAGGGCUCUCAGGAGCACUUAGGCCCCCAAGAAAACCCUCGGUCCAGGGGUGGAGGGCCCGUGGACUCUCCUCUCUUCUCCCCGCCCCACACCACCCACUAUGGAGACCCAUUCCGCGGCCAGCAGCAGGGGAUGGGGCGUCCAGAAUACGGUUCCUCCCCUUCCCAGGUGUCCUCGCCUUCUGGGAUGGGACAGGGGCAAUACAGGGCUGAUGUGAGCGGAGGACCCUCUCCCCGCUCCUCCUCCACGGGACGCCAGGACCUGAGUAACACGGGCUCCCCUGCAGGAAUGCUGGACUCGGGGGAUGGCUUGUUUAAGGCUCCCAUGACGCCACGGAUGCACCAAGGAGAGGGUGGGGUGUUACUCCAUCCCGGAGCCUCACCCCAUCCCGGAGCCUCACCCAACCACCCCUCUGAGGUCUACCGCCAGUCCCCCUCCACCCCGUUCCAGGACCCCUAUGCCCAGCCUCCCCUCACCCCCAGGCCCCAGUCUGGGGACAGCUGCUCCCCCCUCCCCCAGCAGAGGCACCCCCAGGCUCAGCAGGAAUCCUGCCCCAGGAUCCCCUCCAGCCCCCAGUCCCAGGUCAGCUCCCUCUCCCCCCUCACUCCUGGAGCCCCCUCCAACGACGCAUUCUCUGUCCAGUCCCCGGCUUCCACCUCCCGCUUCCAGUCCCCUGACCCUUACUCCCGGCCCCCCUCGCGCCCCCAUUCCAGGGACCCCUUCACUGCUCUGCACAAGCCCCCCCGGCCCACCUCCACUGCUCCAGAGGGCACACCCAGCUACAGAGGCUCACCUCACCCCAACCAGCCUCCCUCACUCCCCCCGUCGUCCACCCCUGUGGGGGACCCUCUCUCUGGGAAACCCUCUGGGCCGCCUGGGUUCAGCCGUGGCCCCAACAUAGCCUAUCAGAUGGCCCAGCAGCAGCAACAACAACAACUCCUUCAUCAACAGCAACAACAACAACUCCAACAACAACUCCAACAACAGACCAUAGGUGCUGACUUCCACUCCAGGAUGCCCCCCCAGCAGGACCCCAUAGCCCCCUGCCCCCCAGAUGCACCUCACCCCCCGGGGGCUAUGCCCGGUGCCCAGGAGAUGCCCGACAUGUCAGCGGUUCAGGAUCCUUCACUACUGGGCCUCAGCCCUUCUGAGUUGGAGAAGCACAGACAGCGACAGAAACUGAGGGAGUUUUUGAUUCGGCAGCAGAUGCAGCGAAACUCAAUCCGGCAGGAGAAAGAGGCCGCCGCAACCAGCAGUGCCACCCCUGGCUGGCCUGGAGGAGACAUGGCAGCCUAUCAGCAAGACAAAGCCCACCGUGCUCCACCACCCUACCCACAGGACCGUGCCGCCACUGCUGCUGGUGCCCAGGCAGCAUUGGCAGGGAAGAUGCCCCUUACUGUGUGUCCCAUGGAUGGUGGCCGUCCGCCACCCCCAGGGACCCCUGCUAUGAUGGACCCCAACCAGCUCAGACAACCAGGGCCCCCCAACCCCCAGGGCAUGUAUGGUCGUCCUCAGUUCCCUGGCCAGUGGCAGCAGGGCCCAGGUCCCCGUCGCUUCCCUCAGCCUGGCAUGGAGGGUGUGGGCCCCAGGCAGCACCUCAACGCUCCCCUCAACAUCCAACAGGCCAUGCAGCAGGGUAUGGCUAACCCCCGUGGCCUGGUGCCUGGCCCUGGAGGGGAACCCAUGCAGUCCGGGAUGGACCCCGGAGGACCCCCACCACAGUUCAUUGAGCUGAGGCACAACUCCCAGAGGCUGCCCGUGGGGACCCAGAUUCUCCAACGAGGGCCCCAGCAACGGCCGCGCCUCUACAUCCCCCAGCAGCAGGAAAUGGCCCCCGGCCAGUUUGUUCAGCAUCCGAUGCCUCAGGGUAUGGACUCUCAGACAGAGGGGGUCAGAGACUCACAGCUGGGGCUACAGCGAGGUAGUAUGGGUCUAUUACUGCCCCAGCAGAGCACUGGCCCCUCACAGCAGCAACAACAACAACUCCAUCUCCAAUCCCAGACAGGUACUCCUCAGACCCCUAACACUCCCAGCUCUCACUCUGGGCAGCAGCACCAGCCUCCCCAGACCUCCACAGAGGCCCAGGCUGGAGCUCCAGAUGACCCUAGUGUUGACGACCUGGAGGACCCGUUUGCCCCAAAAGGGCUAGGGGAUGCCCCCGGAGAUGGAGGAGUGGAAGAUGAGGAUGACCUGGCUCUGGAUCUAGACCCUGAUAAGGGUGAUGACGACCUGGGUAACCUUGACAACCUGGAAACCACGGACCCGCACCUAGACGACUUACUCAACAGUGACGAGUUUGACCUGCUGGCUUAUACGGACCCCGAGCUGGACCAAGGGGACCCCAAGGAUGUUUUCUCGGACCAGUUGCGGUUGGUGGAAGCAGAGGGUGAAACUCCAGGUACCUCUGGGGCUCAGGACAGCAAAGUGGAACAGAAACCAAAAGUGGAGCAAAACCCAACCCCAAACACAGGGGGCGCCAUUUCCUCCACAACUCUCCAUCCCUCCUCCUCGGAGUCUACCGUCACCUCCAGGAUAAAGCUGGAGCCAGGCCAAGUGGUGGUGAAGGAUGAGAUGGGAGAUGCUGUCUCCAUGCUCCUUCAAAGAAACAAACCCACCACCCAACCAGAGAACCAGGGUGCUUCACUGAACUCUGUGCGUUUAGGAGGGCUCCCAUACCCUCUGCCGGGUCAGGCUGAUUCCUUAUCCUCCAUGGGGGAGGACCCCCUGGGGCUGCCUGACGGAGGGGGACAGCAUUCCCCUGCCGUGGAUCUAGACAAAGUCGAGAGCUCCCUGGAAGCCAGUGAGCUUCCCUUGCUGAUCCAGGACCUGCUGGAGCACGAGAAGAAGGAGCUCCAGAAACAGCAACAGCAGCAGCUCAGCUCCCUCCACCAGGGGGUGAUGGGAGGGCACAUGGGAGGCCACCCCAACCCCCAGGGGGGUCCUGGACAUAUCAUGCUGCCCCAGCACCACCGCCCCCCACCCCAGGGCAUGAUGGGACAGCCAGGUAUGGUGCCACGCCCUCCACACCUUUUGCAGCAGCAAAGGCUCAUGGGACAACCUGGGAUGACGCCGCAGCACAUGGCUGCCAUGGCUCAGCAACAAGGAAUAAUGAGGGUGGGGCAACCUGGAGGUAUUCAUCCAGGACUCAACCCUCAGCAGCAACAGAUGGUCAAACAGUCAGCUCUGGCUAAUAACUUCUUCCCUGAUAAAGAUCUAGACAAGUUUGUGACGGACGACAUCAUGGAUCCCAUCGUCAAGGCGAAGAUGGUGGCACUGAAGGGCAUCAAGAGAGUGUUGGCACAGGACCCAAUGGGGGUUCCCUCUGGCAUCAACAGGCAACAGGUCUCUCUGUUGGCCCAGAGACUAGCUUCAGGAACAGGAGACCCACAGGGUCAACUCGUGUCUGGCCCAUCUAAGGAAGGGGAAAGCAGUGAUCCAACACAAUCAAGACCCAACCCUCCCCAGUUUGUACAAGGGAUCAUCAACGAUGCGGAACAACACCAGUAUGAGGAGUGGCUCCUGCACACCCAGCAGCUGCUGCAGAUGCAGCUCAAGUUCCUGGAGGAGCAGAUCGGAGCUCAGCGCAAGUCCCGCAAGGCUCUGUGUGCCAAGCAGCGCACUGCCAAGAAGGCAGGCCGCGAGUUCGCCGAGGCUGACGCAGAGAAACUCAAACUGGUCACUGAGGAGCAGAGCAAGAUCCAGAAACAGCUGGACCAGGUGCGAAAGCAGCAGAAGGAACACACCAACCUGAUUGCAGAGUACAGGAGCAAGCAGCAGCAGCACCAGCAGUGCUCUGGUCUCCUGGCCCCAGGGCCCUCUACCCAGGUGCCCCACACACUCUCCAAGAUGCCUGGGCAGAUGAUGGGCCAGCAAGGAGCUCCCGUGAUGAGCCAACCUCCAGGAAUCAUGCCCCAGGGAAUCAUGCCCCAGGGAGGGAUGCCCGUCCGAAUGCCCCCUCAGGGGCAGCCGUUCCUGGGAGGAGGCCAGCCCCAGCACCUUGGAGCUCUGGGAGUCAGACCCCCUGGUCCUCCUGGUGGUCCUCCCGCAGCAUUCUUCCCCCAGGGUCCAGGAGGAGUCCAAGGAGCAGACCCAAGACUUAUCCAGGAGAGACAACACAGGAUGCAGAUGAUCCAGAAACUACAACAGCAGCAGCAACAACAGGCGACGAUGCAAGGCCAGCAGCCCAUGCCACAUCCAGGUGGCCAACCAGGUAUGUUGCCACAACCACAGCCAGGCAUCAUGGGUAACCCUAUGAUGGGUCAACAACCAAACCUCCAACAGGGAAUGAUGCCCAACCAGGCCAUGGUGCCCCAGGUUACAGUAUCAGGCCAGGCUGUGGCCCAGCCACCGCAGACCCUGAUGGGAGGGCAGCCUAUGAACCAGCCUCUAGGCAUGACUGGGGCCCAGCCAGGUAUACAGCAGCAACAGAGGCCUCAGGUCAUGAUGGGCGAGCAGGGAGUAGGAGGACCCCCUCAGCACCAUGGACUCAGAGGACCCGGCCAGGCCCAGCUCACACCUCAACAACAAAUCCUGGCCCAGCGCAUGUUGGCGCAGCAGCAGCAACUGAAGCUACAGCAGCAGCAAUUGGCACAACAACAGCUCAGGCAACCAACACCACAGGGCUUCAUCAGCCAACCCAACCAGUCUCAAGACUCCCAGGGAGGACUCUCUCAACCUGCCACCCCAGGUCAAAUGGGGUCUUCUCCCGCUUCAGCAGGGGGGAGCACUCGGGUCACCCCUCAACCAGCUGAGGGGCUGCAGCAUGGGGAGGGUGGCAUCCUUAGCCCUAUCUCUAGGACCCCUCCACAGCAGGGUGGACCUGGACCUUCAAUCCCGGGCCAGAUGACCCAACCAGGGGCUGCUGGAGAGCAACAGGCGGCAGUGGGACAACAGCAGAAGUACAUGGCCCAGCAGCAGCAACAGCAACCGGCAUCACAGCAACAACAACAACCUCCUCAAAAUGCUCAAGCUGGACUUCAACAGCAAGCAGGUUACCAACAGGCUGGCAUGCAUCCCCAAGUACAACAGCAGCAACCACAGCAGCAACAGCAGCUUCAGCAACAACUCUCUCUACAGCGACAGAGCUCCCUCAAUGCUGAUGCCUCAAAGUCUGGUUUGGUCACCGUCAAGCAGGAAGGACAGCAGAUGUGUUACAUGGCCCAACAUCAACAGCAGCAACGACUACAACAACAGAAUCUUAUGCAGCAAGCACAGGACCCCAUUGGACAACAACCGCAACAACAACAACAUGACGGUAUGGGCCAGAUGCAGAAUGUGAUAGGUCAACAGAACCACCCUGGUCAGCCUCAGCCUGUCGCUGGUAUGCCAGGCCACCCUAGCCCCCAGCAACAGGCUCUCAUGGCCCAGCAGGCCCAGCAGCAGAAGCAGCAUGCCAUGAUGGGCAUGCUGAGAGCCCAGCAGCAGGUCAUGAUGCCUGGCCAGAGGCCUGGAGUUCCACCUGGUCAGAUAUGCAACCCAGUCAACAUCCAGGCUAUCAUAGCCCAGAACCCCCAGCUCCGACACCUCACCCCCAACCAGCAGAUACAGCACAUCCAGGCCAUGAUCCAACAGCGCCAGCUCCAACUGCAGCAACAACAACAGGGCCAGAUGCUGAGGCUCCAGGUGGGUCAGGGACAGCCAGGGCAGAUGAGACCCCAGGGGCCCCCAGGACCAGGGCAGCAGGUGGGACAGGUCCAGAGAAUGCCUGGAGGUCUGGAGGCCCAGCAGCAGCAGAUGCACUAUGGAGGAGCUCUGGGGAAACCAGUGGGAGUGGGUUCCCCGCAACAACCAGGGAUGAUGGGCCCCGGCCAACCACUGGGCGUGGUGACCCCUCAGAUGCAGCAGCAAGGGAUCAUGGGACCUGUAGUCCAACAGCAGCAGCCAGGAGCCUCGCCUCAGUAUGCCUUGAGUGUCCAGCAGCAGCAGAUGAUGCAGCAACAACAGGCCCAACAACACCAGAUGAGAGGCCAGGUGCCCAUGGCUCGCUCCCCCAUGGGGCAGGUACGUGCUGGGCCCCCCCAAGGCCACCACAUCAGGCCCAUGUCUCCCCGUCAGCCCCUGGCCAACUCCCCAGGAGACCCCCAACGCCACGCCAUGGCACAGGCGAUGGGGAUGCGUCAACCCAACCCAAACCAAGUCAUGCAACAACAACAGCUCCACAUGACUCAAAAACACUUCCAGGGCUCUCCCUCCCACCCAGGCUCCCCUGCAGGAUCCUCAGUCCAGAAACAGGAAGCAGGCAUGAGCCCAGCUACCCCAGGCACGCCACACUCCACCCACAUUGCCUCUCCGUCUGUAAUCGACGUGGCAGCUGGGAAAGGUAGUCCUUACAGUCAGAUCAAGCCCUCUCCUCUCAGGUCACCUGGAGCAACGAACAGUCCCCUGGACUACCCUGGGCUUAAGGCCGAAAGUGGCGACACAACCCAGAGCCAAGUCCCCCCGAAUGGGCUUUCGCCUCAGAAGGGUGAGAGUGGACCGCAGGUCCAACAGCAUCCACAACAGGGCUUAGUGAACCAGGGUGGUCCUCAACCUCCACCAGGCUCCAGAGAGGGAACUCUGUAUAAGAUGACCCUACAGAACAUCAAACAGGAGCCCAGAGAGUUGACCUGUGACAGGGAAGGAGGUGGUGGUCCUCACUCUGGGGCCAUCAAGAGGGAGGUGACUGGGGAGCCGGUUGGAGGGUUUGGUAACAGUGGUCCUGGACCAGGAGGGGACCCUGGAGCCCACGUCCCCAGGACUGAGACAGGACAACAGCUACUGCAGAAGCUCCUGAGGGCCAAAAAUCUGCAGCUGGCAGCUCAGAGGCCCUCUGAAGGCAUCCACAACGAGAUCAAUGGACACAUCAACAGCAAGCUGGCCAUGCUAGAGCAGAAACUACAGGGGACUCCACGCAAUAUGGAGGAUCUGCAGUCCAUCACAAAGAGGGCUCCUGUUGCUAAGGCAAAGCGCUCCAACAAGACUGGAGAACGAGCGCCCCAGUCCCGUAAGAAGAAGAAAGAGGAGGUUGGGAAGAGCACUGAAGCCCUGAUGAAACAUCUGAAACAGGGCCUUUCUCUCCUUCCCCUGAUGGAGCCCUCCAUCACUGCCAGUCUGGACCUGUUCGCCCCCUUCGGCAGUAGCCCAGCCAACGGCAAGGCCCUGCUCAAGGGCUCCUUUGGAAAUGCGUUACUAGGCAACAUCCCAGACUACUACUCUCAGCUGCUCACCAAGAGUAACCUCAGUAAUCCACCGACACCCCCAUCCUCCCUGCCCCCCACACCACCCCCCGCGAUGCAGCACAAAUUGCUCAACGGGACUACAGCUGUGGAGGAGCUGACUGAGGGACAGAAGGAGACCGAGACCACAGAGGACUCUAUGGAUUCUGUGACUGAGGAGGUGAAGAGUGUGGAUAUUUUAGCAGCGCUCCCCACCCCACCUCACAACCAGAACGAGGACAUCAGGAUGGAAAGUGAUGAGGACAGCGAUGCUCCAGAUAGUAUUGUCCCAGCGUCCUCUCCUGAGUGUGACUUAGGUGACGAGGUGCUACGCUUCCCUCGCCUCAGAGAACCCAAAGAGGAGGAGAUGGAGAGAACCAUCUCCCCUACCAUACCACUCAUCCCCCGCACUGCUGUCCCAGUGUUUCCAGAGAACAAGCCGUUUCAAGCAGUGGAUGGCAAGGCGGUGUCUACAACCAACCCCUGGGACAAAGCCAAGAGCAACGAGGUGGCUGUGACCUUCACACUGUCCUCCGCUGCAGCCAAGAAUCUGAACCAUGUGAUGGUGGUGGUGGCUCAGCUCCUCCACAUGCGGAUGCCUGGUUCCUAUGAGGUAGCUUUCUCUCCCAGCCCAGGCAGGGCAGGAGCUUCAGGACCAGGGAAAGAACCCGUACAAUCAGGUGCCCUGUGUGUGAAGACAGGUGAGCUAGACGGUAGUUCACCCAGCCAGAAUGCAGAGUGGCUGAGACAGUUUGAUGUUUCUCUGCCAGGCUGCACUCUGAAGAAACAGGUGGACAUCCUCUCACUCAUCAAACAGGAGUUGCCGGAACAGGAGGACAACCCGGUUCAGCACUGUUAUACAACUAACGUGUCUGACCUGGAUGUACACCACCUUCCCAUCAUCCCUGUUGAAGACUCCCCGCCCUCCUCUCCCUCUCCUCCACCUCCUGCCCCUGCUCUUACUAGUGAGCCUGAGACUGAGCCUCCAACCCAGCCAGCCUCCCCCUCCACCACCCAGCCAGCCUCCCCCUCCACCACCCAGCCAGCCUCCCCCUCCACCACCCAGCCAGCCUCCCCCUCCACCACCCAGCCAGCCUCCCCCUCCACCACCCAGCCAGCCUCCCCUCCACCACCCAGCCAGCCUCCCCCUCCACCACCCAGCCAGCCUCCCCUCCACCACCCAGCCAGCUUCCCCCUCCACCACCCAGCCAGCCUCCCCCUCCACCACCCAGCCAGCCUCCUACUCCACCACACAGCCAGCCUCUCCCUCUCAAGCUCCCUCCAGCCCUCCAGCCCCCAGCCCCAGGACACCCCCAACUCCCCCACCCCCAGCCUGGAGGUGAUCUCCCCCAAGGUGAAGCACCGCAGCAGGCCCCUCUCCCCCGACCCUGAGGAGAUUGUAGUCCGGCCCAAGGUGAAGAAGUGGAAGGGCCUCCGCUGGAAGCGUCUCCAGAUCGUCAUCACCAUCCGUAAAGGAGGCUCCAAGAAGGAGAGCAGCCGCGGGGUCUCAGAGCUCAUGGAGCGUCUCCGCAUCACCUUAAGACCUGACAAGCUGCCUCGGGACAAACGCAAGUGCUGCUUCUGCCACGAGGAGGGCGACGGCGCCACGGACGGCCCCGCCAGGCUCCUCAACAUCGACGUGGACCUGUGGGUUCAUCUCAACUGCGCCCUGUGGAGCACGGAGGUGUACGAGACGCAGGGAGGCGCUCUGAUGAACGUAGAAAUGGCAUUGAGGCGUGGGCUCCGCACCCGCUGUGCCUACUGCCAGAAGACUGGCGCUACCAACAGCUGCAACCGCCUGCGCUGCCCCAACGUCUACCACUUCGCGUGCGGCAUCCGGGCCCGCUGCAUGUUCUUCAGGGACAAGACCAUGCUGUGCACCCAACACAAACUAAAAGGACCCAGCGAGGAGGAGCUGACGGGCUUCACCGUGUUCCGGCGCGUCUACAUCGAGAGAGAUGAGGUCAAGCAGAUCGCCAGUAUCUUACAACGCGGCGACCGUAUACACCUGUUCCGCGUAGGCGGGCUCAUCUUCCACGCCGUAGGUCAGCUGCUGCCAUCUCAGAUGCAAGCCUUCCACUCCCCGACCGCCAUCUUCCCCGUGGGCUACGAGGCUACCAGGAUCUACUGGAGCACGCGGGUGCCUAACCGCCGGUGUCGGUAUCGUUGUCGUAUCAGUGAGACGGAGGGAAGGCCGCUGUUCGAGGUUCGGGUGCUGGAGCAUGGACAGGAGGACCUGCACUACCGCGACACCAGCCCAGAAGGUAUCUGGGACAGAGUGGUUCAGUCUGUAGCUAAGCUGAGAGAAGAGGCUGCCAUGCUGAAGCUGUUCACUGAUCACGUGAAGGGAGAGGAGAUGUACGGCCUCACUGUCCACGCCGUGCUGCGCAUCACUGAGUCGUUGCCUGGAGUGGAGAACUGCCAGAACUAUGUGUUCCGCUACGGUCGCCACCCUCUGAUGGAGCUGCCCCUCAUGAUCAACCCCACCGGCUGCGCCCGCUCCGAACCCAAGAUCCUCACACACUGCAAGAGGCCUCACACCCUGAACAGUACGUCCAUGUCCAAGGCCUACCAGAGCACCUUCACCGGCGAGAUCAACACCCCCUACAGCAAGCAGUUUGUCCACUCCAAGUCCUCCCAGUACCGCCGUCUGAAGACAGAGUGGAAGAACAACGUCUACCUGGCCCGGUCCCAAAUCCAGGGCCUGGGGCUGUACGCUGCCAAGGACCUGGACAAACACACCAUGGUCAUCGAGUAUAUAGGAACCAUCAUCCGCAACGAGGUGGCCAACCGCCGCGAGAAGAUCUAUGAGGAACAGAACCGUGGGAUCUACAUGUUCCGCACCAACAACGAGCAUGUGAUCGAUGCCACUCUGACCGGCGGCCCUGCUCGCUAUGUCAACCACUCCUGUGCGCCCAACUGUGUUGCCGAGGUGGUGACAUUUGACAAAGAGGAUAAGAUCAUCAUCAUCUCCAGUCGCAGGAUCCCCAAGGGAGAAGAGCUGACGUACGACUAUCAGUUUGACUUUGAGGACGAUCAGCACAAGAUCCCUUGCCACUGCGGAGCCUGGAAUUGCCGAAAGUGGAUGAACUAAACUAACUGGGAGAAAUGGAGAGAUAUAAAGAUGGAUGGAACACUACUGCUGCGCCAAGGCCUUUAGAAUCUUUAGAACUACUUCUACUACCCAGUUCAUAAGCUGUUCCUAAACUGAUUGUAAGCUGUUCAUAAGCUGACGAACGAGGAGGGAAACAGACCUCCAAAACAAUAAAAGACUAAGAUGUUUGCAUUCACACCUGUAGCCAAAGGUUUGAAGAGCAUUAUGGAAUAAAAGCAAACAAACCACCUCUAUUGACAUCCAGCCGAAUGGUGGGACAAUCUUUUUGUGGAUGAACUGUGUCCUCUGCCAUAAGCAACUCUUUCCUCUAUCUACCUACCACUCCCCCUUCAAUAACUGGCUGGAAUACAAUCCUCUCUACAUCUACCAAAUGUUCUGAUUCUAUCUAUGUUAUAUCAAUACUCUCUUAGGGCAGACCUCACCUCACCUAGAGCUUUGAAGAAAGAAGCCAUUUUAAGUACUAUGAAAUAACUAAUGCAUUUUUUUAAAAGGCGGACCUAUCCUCCUUCUCCUGCACUCCCCCCUUCCUAACCCCCAAGGAAAAUACACUUUCCCAUCGUCAUUGGUGAAGAUUGACUUCCCAACGUGGAUAUUAUUGGCUAGCUAGACAAUCCUGAAGACAGUGGCUCUGAGUCUGUAGAGAAGAACUAUGUAUCUUUGAGAGGCAGAAGAAAAAAUGUAAGAUAAUAUAAAGUUGACCUGUGGCUCCAGAGGCACCAGACAGAAAGACAGGUGUUUUAUUAUUGUCCCAACUGACUAAAGGAGUUUAAAGGUGGGUUAGUUGGACCCCAGUCUACCUCAUUGAUCUAGUGGGAAGUGACUGCUUACUUUGUAUAAAAACUGUUAACUGCUACUGUGGAGGGGGGAGAGAAUGUUGUUUUCAUUAGGCUAAUAGUAUAGCCUUCUCAGACAAGCAGGGAAACUUAAACUAACACAGGUUUGCUCUUAUCUAUUCUAUGCUGAUGAUGAUUUUACAAUAAUGAGCCAACAAUAUUAUUAUUAUUAUUCAUUAAUGAUGUAUAGAGACAGAAGGAAUUAUAUGACCGUUUAUUGGUUAAGACAUCGCAUUAAGAUCAAUCACAAGCUUAACAGGUGUCGUUAAAUGACUCCUGAUCAUCCUUGAUUUUAUGUAGCUAUUUGUUUUGUUUUGCCAUUCUCUGCAUGUGGGAAUUGACACAAUAACAGCCACCCUUAUGUUGCUGAAGACUGAGGGGGAGAGAUUGGUGUGAAUGAUUGUUGCUUACACAGCUUCAGUAUCACAAGCAGGAACAAGUCUUUCGCAAGACGAUCAAGUCCAACUAACUAAUGAGUGAAGGAAAUGUAAUGUACGCUUGCUGCUUCAUACCUUCAGGUCACACGUUAAGCAGAAAGCUUGCUAGGAAUGAUGCAAGACUAGACUACUAUCCCAUUUGUUUUUCACCUUUUAGUCCUUCAAAUUCCAUCUGCAUUUUGAUAUUUUCUUUUCUCGAAUGACGUCACCCAUGAAUCUAGUCUCUUCCUCUCUUUAUCAUGUAGUGGACAGUCGUAAACGUUACUGUAGUGAGUCUUUCUCUGCCUGACCACACCACAGCUAGGUGUAUUUUUAAAGAUCCCUUUAUUGUGGUUUUCUAGUGGUAGUACCGUCUUCUAUACUGGAGGCUUGAAGCAAUGGCAGGCGAAGACUUGUAAAAAAUAAAUAAAGGGCAUUUCUUUUUUUAUGAAAGUAAAUUAAUAACAAAGUAAAUCUUUAAAGUGUGUGUG